AUAGGUACAUGGCCUUCAUCCACCAUUUACCACAUUUGUCCAUGACCGUACGUCAGAUCCCCGGCGAAAGGCGAGAGGUGGAGCUGCUAGUGGUGGAUUGACGGGGUCUGCUACAAAUGGCCGCAGGGCCGGAGAAGACACAGAUUGCCGGAUACCUGGCUAGUGAUCUAUCCUUGCCAAUCUCGAGUGCUCAUGGCCGUGUGGCGCAUCUCGGGCAGAAGGUGGGGGGCGAAGGCGUCGAGACUUCUUCCAGAUGAUGUUGCGGAGUUUCGCAACGGUCGGAGACGAUGCCUCACGGCCGCUCGUCUUAUCAAUGCUCGACUCACCAUCGACACAGGAUAUUCAAGGCCGUCUGGCGCAUCUCGGCCAAACGGUGAGGAGUGAUGGCGUCGUGAGUGCGCUCACGGAAUAUAGCAGAGUCUCACAAAUGCUAGAGAUGAGGCUGAUCGCCAUGUACCUUAAUAUUCUGCUCGCGGGGUACCUUAAUCUCUCCUCCCGACCACAUGUCACGUCCCGGGCGAAAUAUGAGGCGCGAUGGCGUUGUGCGUCUCCACUGCAUGCCACGGAGGCUGGCAAAUGCCACCGGAGAGCAGGCUCACCGGCGUCUACCCUGAUUCAUUUCGUACAUGUUUGGGCGCAAAGGUGCUCUGGCUGUUUGGCGGCUCCCAGGCGCAGUAACAGCAGUGAUGGCGCUGCAGGAGCUCGCCCAAUAAACUAUCGAGCUGCUUGAGGGGCGGAGAAGGGCCCGACUGUCCGUAGCUUGACAAUCUGCCGACCAUGUGCUAUGGUGUGGUAAUCGAGACGACAUGUCGGAUCUCCGGGGAAAGGUGAAGUGUGGAGCUGGCAGUGGCGUAUUUUCCAUGCGGUGACGCGUUGCUGCCAGUCCUGAGAACAGGCUGCCGGACCACCCACGUC